AUGAGUUCCCCAGCGAAUUCAGCUACCCCUGGACCAUCAGAUAAUAAGCAACAACAACAACAACAACAACAGAAUGCUGGCAACAGUGGCGAUCAACAACGUGGAUCUCCAGCUCUCACCAACUUGCCUUCACAGGCCGACAUUGACAAAAUCGUGGCAUCCUAUCUCCAAAAGAAGGGUUACAAAGCAACAGAGGCUAUCUUCAUGAAAGAAUUGAGCGGCAGCACAUUGUCCCUCGAUCAGCUAUCACAAGAACUCGCGUCAUCGGAUAAGUCGUAUGGGAACCAAGUACUCAAAUACGGCGAGGAGGGAGACCCCAACGCGUAUAGCGUGAGCUACCGCAGUCUACGCAAGUGGAUCGAAAGCUCAUUGGAUUGGUACAAGCCCGAGCUUCGAAAUGUCCUCUUUCCCAUUUUCAUCCAUGCCUAUCUUGAUCUUGUCAGUAAGAAUAUGCAGGAACAAGCAAAGGAAUUCAUGGAAACUUACAAGAACGAUCACAUCGAGACACACAUGCUUGACAUCAAUCGCUUCGAGACGGUGACAACGCCUGAACAUGUACGAGAGAAUGAAUUAGCUCAGCUCUAUCGCAGCAACAAGUACUACUUGCGUAUGUCGGGUGUCCCAUUUGAGCUAUUCCUCAAUUAUCUUCAAGACAACAAGUAUAUGCUUCUUUUACGGAUUGUGAAUCAAUAUCUCAAUAUUCAAGUGAUACAUGGAAAGCUUUUGGAUGCGGGAAUGGAUGCCGAUGAUGCCACUGGUGUUAUUGGUAUUACUGGACAUGAAUCACAGCAAAUUGAAUCGUUCAAUCAACAAACACUACAACUUGGUGAAACGCAAAUGGAUCCGGCAUUCAAAGAUGAAGUGGAGCAAGCAUUGAAAGAGCAGGAUGCAAGCAACAAAGAGACUUCGGCUGAAAAUGUUGCUGUGAAUGGAAGUGCAGAAAAGGGAUUACUGGACGCAUACAAGAAGGUCAAACAAGAAGCAACUGCCGAUGGUCCCGCUUUUGGAGAUAUACCACUACCCCAAUAUAGGGGAACAGAUAUCCAAGCGGAAAUCGAUUCAUUGAAGGACUUGAGGAAACGAAUUUCGCUUGGUAGCGCAUCCUUGCCAAGUAUAUGCUGCUAUACAUUCCACAACACACACGAUGACUUGAAUUGUCUUUCCAUCACCGAAGAUGCAUCCCUCGUCGCUGGUGGUUUCUCAGAGUCGUUUAUCAAAAUAUGGAGUCUUAAAGGCGAAAAGCUACGAGGAUUAAGGAACACUAUCAACCCUGCACAUGUCAAUGAUCUGAAUGAUCUCAAUCGACACAAGGAACGACAUGGUUCAGAAUACAAACGCCUUAUUGGUCAUUCAGGGCCGGUCUAUGGUUUAAGCUUUAGCCACGACAACAAGUACCUGAUUUCUUGUUCAGAAGAUAAAACAGCACGAUUGUGGAGCACUCAAACCUAUUCCAACCUUGUGUGUUACAAAGGCCACAACUACCCAAUCUGGGAUGUCGAUUUUGGACCUCAUGGAUUUUACUUUGCAACGGCAUCCAAUGAUCGAACAGCACGGCUCUGGAGCUGUGACCAUAUUCAUCCACUUCGAAUCUUUGCAGGACAUCUUUCUGACGUUGAUACUGUGAAAUUCCACCCCAACUCAAAAUACUUGGUGACGGGUUCAAGCGAUCGUACCUGCCGUCUGUGGGAUGUACAACGAGGCACGUGUGUGAGGGUUUUCACGGGCCAUACAGGAUCUGUAAAAACAGUGGCAGUAUCACCAAAUGGUCGAUUGAUGGCAUCCGCAGGCGAGGAUCGAUCAAUUAUGCUUUGGGAUUUGGGAUCAGGACGACGAUUGAAGAAGAUGACUGGACAUACCGGCUUCAUUUAUUCGGUGGACUUUAGCGCUGAUAGCAACGUUCUUGUGUCGGGAGGAGCUGAUGGCACAGUGCGCGUAUGGGACGUCAAUAAGGAUACAUCAUCAGAUGGCACAGUGGCAGCACUCACUGGAGGCGUGGAUGCUAAGCGGAUACGAAUGGAUGAGAGUGAACGCAGCAAAUCCAAGGACAAGAAGGAAUCCAAAGACAAAUUGCGAGAUGACGUGAAGCGUAAAAAGGGACCCGUUGAAAGUCAUGACCAGCUUGGCGUAUUCCCAACCAAGAACACCCCAGUUUACAAGACCCAAUUCACAAAACGAAAUCUCUGCUUAGUUGCAGGCGCCUUUUCACCUCCUGAAAAUUAA